AUCUCCCUUGACUGUUAGAAGCUUAUAAAGACGGAGCGAAGACUUGUACCAUAACAGAUUCACCCAAUGCUGUCUAUCACAGCCUGGACAGUCAACUCACUCUUCCAUACAAUAACCAGGGAGCAUACUAGUAGACUCUGUCACAGAUCGGUAAAAGUUUACCACCGCUGAGAAAGAUGAUCCCAGAAAAGCUCCUCGGUCAGGACAGGGACCACAGCAGCCGCGGCCUUCUCAUCCAGCUCUUCGCGGCAGUCGUUUUCGUGAAUUUCCUGGUUGCCGCCUGCCUGGUGCUGUGGCAGGGGGCUGAGCUGAGGGAACGCCGGGCCGUGCUGGACAGGGUGCUGGGAGAAGUCACGCUCCUGAGAGAGCGAGACACCAUACAGGACCGGGUGCUGGACCAACAAAGCGCAGAGAUUGGGCACCUGAAAGUACAGGUUCGUCAACUGAUGGGAGAAAGAGAGGGUGACAAGAGGAACUCCAAGACGCGAGAAGACUCCACCCAAGACGAUGUCCUUCGAGGACAAGAUUUCAGAGCAGAAACCGAAUCAGAGCCUACGGACAGUGAUAUUGGUAGAGUUGAUCUGGACGACAUGACGGACUUUGAUGCUCCCUGGCGAUUGGAAGAUGAACUGCACGACAGGUCGAAGAGGGAGGUUGCACAGGGUGUAAGGGAGAUAAGGGGCCGAGAGGACCCAGAGGACGACGUGGACCUAGGGGUGACACUGGAGAACCUGGACCUAAAGGGGACACUGGAGAACCAGGUCCUAAAGGCGACACCGGAGAAACAGGACCUAAAGGCGACACUGGAGAGACAGGACCUAAAGGUGACACUGGAGAACCAGGACCUAAAGGCAACACUGGACAACCAGGACCUAAAGGCGACACUGGAGAAACAGGACCUACAGGUGACACUGGACAACCAGGACCUAAAGGCGACACUGGACAACCAGGCCCUCAAGGCAACACUGGACAACCAGGACCUAACGGUGACACUGGAGAAACAGGACCUAAAGGUGACACUGGAGAAACAGGACCUAAAGGUGACACUGGACAGCCAGGACCUAAAGGUGACAAUGGAGAACCAGGCCCUAAAGGCGAGACUGGACAACCAGGCCCUCAAGGCGAGGCUGGACAACCAGGCCCUCAAGGCGAGACUGGACAACGAGGACCUAAAGGCGAGACUGGACAACCAGGCCCUCAAGGCGAGACUGGACAACCAGGACCGAAAGGCGAGACUGGACAGCCAGGACCUAAAGGUGACAAUGGAGAACCAGGCCCUAAAGGCGAGACUGGACAGCCAGGACCUAAAGGUGACACUGGAGAACCAGGACCUAAAGGCGACAAUGGAGAACCAGGCCCUCAAGGCGAGGCUGGACAACCAGGCCCUCAAGGCGAGACCGGACAACGAGGACCUAAAGGCGAGACUGGACAACCAGGCCCUCAAGGCGAGACUGGACAACGAGGACCUAAAGGCGAGACUGGACAAUCAGGGCCUAAAGGCAACAUUGGAGAAACAGGACCUAAAGGCGAGACUGGAGAACCUGGACCUAAAGGGGACACUGGAGAACCAGGACCUAAAGGCGACACUGGAGAACCAGGCCCUAAGGGCGACACUGGAGAUCCAGGACCUAAGGGCGACACUGGAGAACCAGGACCUAAAGGCGAGACUGGACAACCAGGCCCUCAAGGCGAGACUGGACAACGAGGACCUAAAGGCGAGACUGGACAAUCAGGGCCUAAAGGCAACAUUGGAGAAACAGGACCUAAAGGCGAGACUGGAGAACCUGGACCUAAAGGGGACACUGGAGAACCAGGACCUAAAGGCGACACUGGAGAACCAGGCCCUAAGGGCGACACUGGAGAACCAGGCCCUCAAGGCGAGACUGGAGAACCAGGACCUAAAGGCGACACUGGAGAACCAGGACCUAAAGGCGACACUGGAGAACCAGGACCUAAGGGCGACACUGGAGAACCAGGACCUAAGGGCGACACUGGGGAGCCAGGACCUAAAGGCGACACUGGGUGGCCAGGACCUAAAGGUGACUCCGGAGUACCAGGCCCCCAGGGCCCGAAGGGGACAAAAGGUGACAGAGGCUACCCUGGUUCUCCCGGGCUAAAGGGACAGAGGGGUUACCGUGGCUACACCGGCUACCCUGGCUCCCAGGGGCAGAAGGGUGAUCCAGGCCCUGUCGGCCCCAAGGGUGACCGUGGCUUGCCUGGCCCAGUUGGACAAUACGUCCG